AUGUUACUGCAAGCACUGCCGUUGCCAUGGGGUACGAAGGAGCUCGGCCAGCAAGACCCGUGGCAGUUCUUGAAGCCCACCGACAAGAUGAGAAUCGAGCAGCAGAACAUCCCGUUCGACGGCAAGAAGAUGUGCUGGGUGCCAUGUCCGAAGCAGGGCUACCAGGUUGCGGAAAUCAAAGAGAGAGCUGGAGACAAGAUCACGGUCGUCGUCAAGGGCGAGGAUAAGGUGCUGAAGGAGGCGCAGGUGCAGCAGAUGAAUCCACCAAAGUACGAGAAGGUGGAAGACAUGGCUCACCUGACGUACCUCAACGACGCAUCGGUGCUGCACAACCUGAGACAGCGAUACCACGCCUGGAUGAUCUACACUUACUCUGGACUCUUCUGCGUCGUGAUCAACCCCUACAAGAGGCUGCCGAUCUACAUCGAAAAGGUCGUGCAGGAAUACCGUGGCAAGCGUCGUCCGGAGAUGCCGCCACAUCUGUUCUCCAUCGCCGACAACGCCUACACGGAAAUGUUGAUGAAUCGCGAGGACCAGUCCAUGCUUAUCACAGGCGAGUCCGGAGCCGGUAAGACUGAGAACACGAAGAAAGUAAUUUCCUAUUUCGCCCUUGUGGCCGCGUCUGGCCAAAAGAAGGACAGUGACAAACAGGUGAGUCUGGAGGAUCAGAUCGUGCAGGCUAACCCCGUGCUUGAGAGCUUCGAUCUGCUGGAGAAGUCACGUGUCGUCUCCCAGGCCCCGCUCGAGCGUAGCUACCACAUCUUCUAUCAGCUGCCAUCUGGUGGCAUCGAAAAGACUAAAGGAUGA